CAGGAACAUAGUGAAGGCUAGCUUUCUGAAUGCAGAUUCUGUAUCAACCAUCUUAGUUGUGGAAAAGGACUGUAGCGCCGCAGAGAAGCUGUCUGGCGCAAUUUUUUUCCGACUUAACGUAUGACACGUUUUUUUCUAUAUACAGCGUGGAAUUACUUUUGAAAGGCAUUGUGAUUCUAGUGCCGAAUAUGACUUGAAAUUGUUGUGUGGAUUAUAGUUCAACUGACAGAUUGUUUGUACUGUACUGCGAUCAAUUUCUUACCGGCUUAAGCUGUAGUAUAGGAUGUAUACAUGUUAAUAAUACAGGUUUCAGCCAGUGACAUUGAAUGCCAGGCUAAAAUGUCCGACAGCUGGCUGAUUAUCUGUUUGUCGGCCCAAUCUGAGGAUAAUGUGAAGACGCUGACGAAGUACCAACCUGUUCAGGGAUCUUGAAAAUGUUCCUCUUGUCUCCACGCUUUGCCAGAAUCAAGAACUGAGUUUCAAGUUUCAGAAGUAAUUCUUUGCCAGGUGUGCAAAAUACUUUCUUGUCAUCGAAAAAGGAUCUUGCAAUAGACUACCUUUAAAAAGGACUAAGGGACUGGCAUACAUUGAAAGAUACUUCUGAAAUGUCUUUGAAGUCCCUGCCUGUUCGAAGAUGAUUUGUUUUUUUCACCAUUGACUUCUUCCAGCUGCAUUUUCUGAAAAGAAGAUAGUAAAAAAAGAGACAGAAUCUCUUAUUCUACAGGCUAUUUUCAUGGCAGUCUCUAAACAACCCUCCAUUACCCCAGAAACCUCAAGUGGUGAAGGCUUGGAUGAAGAGCCAACAUCAAGAGGAGAGGCUAAAUGGAAGCGUUUUCAUCCGUUUCGUGUUGUCCGCAAAAUCUUCCGGCGUAGAGUCAAAAGAGAAGGGACAACAGUCGUUUCAGAUGCUUCCAAAAAGUCGUGGUCAACCAGUGAGCUUCAGACUGUUCAAGAUGAUACUCCAGGGAAAUGUGAGGUUACUUCUCCUUUAAAAAUAGGUUUAAGUGUUUCACAUGACAGCAUUUUCUCCCCUGAAAGUAAUGCAAGUGUUUUGAACAGUGAGGAGCUUAAUGUUCCUCGAGGCUCAUCUCUAUCUGUUCGUCAUACUUCAAUAAAAAAUAUGUUUAAGGACGAAUUAUUCACUAGAGUUCGUGCUAGAAGGGAUUCUGACGAUGAUGACAUUGGACUACCACAUAGUCCUUGCACUAGUCCAACCACCGUUGAUGUCCUUACCCAAGGACUGAAAGAAAAAUCUUCCAAAUCUCAAACCACUUGUAGCGCUGGCAGUUUAAUAAGUAUGGGCAGUUCGGAGAAUGAUGAAGAUUCAGCAGGCCAUUCUUCUGGUCACUCAUCAAGAAUGUCAUUGUUAGAUAGAAGAUCCUUAGAUUCAGAUGGAGAUUUGGAUCUUAGUCAGCCUGUUCCUCUUAAUCAUAAUGCUGCUCACCAUAAAAUAGCAGUUAGGCCUAAACGAACGUAUGGAUUGCCUCGUCGCCGAAUGAAUCAGAUUGCUGCUGCCAAAGUCAAUGCAUUACCUUCCACACCUGAAGUUUUAGAAGAUAAUGGAAAAUCCUUUCAAAUGUUAGAUAUUUCAGAGCUGCAAAAGAGCUUUUCUGAAAUUUCAUCCUCUUCAGUUAGUGAAACAACUUCAGUAUUUUCUGGAGAAAAGAAAGCAUCCCAGAUAUCCUCUUCACUUUGUUACAAUGAAUCAUUGCAAGUCACAAGUGAGACUAUCAUUCAUGAAGAAAGAAGUCUAUUGGACAGUUCUUUUCAAAGCUUAAAAAUUAAUUCCGAGAACGAUCAGGAAUGGCAUGUAAAAGAAACUCCAAAUAAACUUAAUAAAGAUACUGUUACUGCGCUAGAAGUACAGGAAGAUAAAACUGAUGAUAUUAAUUCUGUAGAAAGUGAUUCCUUCAGCUGCACUAAUAAGAGUACAUGUGAGGCACCUUGUGAUUUAAUGCAGAAUUUGGAAGAAAAACAUACUGCUACAAGCAAAAAUGACAGUUUUAGGCUUUCAAAAAGUAAUUUUGAGGAAAGUUCAAAAAAUGAAUUUCUUCAUGCUGAGGAUUGUACUUUAACACGCAAUGAACCAGUGUUAAGUGUAUCUUCUCUUGUAAAAAGCAUUGAAAGAUCAAAUUCUUUCAAGACUGCAGAAAAAGUAAGAAGUUCAUUAGAGGAAUCAAAGCAUUUAUUCACAAAAAAUUAUGCUCAUCAGCUAAUUGAUUUUAGUUCUGAAAAGAAGACUGUUACUAAUGCUGAAACUAUUGAAAUGAAAAGCAAAUGUGAUACUCUUAUGGAAGAUAUAUUAGUAAGUUCUAGUGAAAUUGCUAAUAAACAUGAGAAUAUUUCACCUUCUCAAGAACUGAAUGGGCAGCGCUUGAUGGCAUCUCAAGAAUUUAUUUCUGAAACUUUUAAGAAAACCGUUACAGAAAACUUAGAUAUUGAGAGUGAAUUUGUAUUAAAGCCACCAAGAAAAGAGGCAAAGCUUGAGAGUGAUUUAGAGUCAGUGUCGAAGGAAAAUAUUGCUGAUGAAGGGCAUAAGGAAAACUCUGUAAUAUCUUCUAGGAACUUUGAAGAAGAAAGUAUAAUGAGCAGUAAAUCUGUGUCUAUGGGUAUUGAAGAAAGUAGAAUAUUUGUGUCGCACCAUACAACUUUUAAUGAUGAUCUCAAAGAUAUACUAGUCACUGAAGCUCAUAAUUUUGCUGCUGUUGAAGAAAAGUCGGGAGUAUCUGUUCAGACAUGUAGUGAUGCAGGUAUAAAGAAUGUGGAAAAAGCAAGUGUAAAGCAAGAAAGAUGUGAAACUUGGAUAAGUUCUGUUGGCAUUUCAGCUCCAACAUCGUCUAUAACAGAUGUGACAGUAAAUGCUUCCACAUCUACUCUUUGUGAUAACAGAAUGCUGGAAGAUAAAAUUACAAUAUCUGUCAAUUCAAAAUCCGACAAUAUGAAAUGUAAGUAUACAAAUCAAAAAGAUGAUAUUGCUAAACUGCCAUUAUCAGAUACACUUAAAUCUAGUUCGCCUAAUUUAGAUGCAAGCCAAAAGGCGAUUCCAAAAGACAAACAAGCAUUAAAAGCAGUGCAAAAGUCUCAUUUACCUGAGGUUAAUUCAAAUAUGACUAAUGUAAAAAAUGGGAAUAUUCAGAAACGUGUAUCUGUUGAAAUCGUCCCCUUUAGUCAAAGAAUGAAGGAACGUAAAUAUCAACCGAUCUCAUUUGCCAAUCGCGAAAAUUCAUCCGAACUUAAUAAAAAGAAUUCUAAUGUGUUAGUAGAACGAAAAUUAUCUGAUAGGAAAAUGACAACGAAAAAUAAAGAGCUAGACAAAUCUAAUAAUAGGCAUUCCUUUUCUGGAAGUCUUACCUCGGACAUUAAGAAAGAGGUAGAACCUAACCUAGGGAAAAAAGUUUCAAAACCUGAAAAGUUACCUGUCCAAAUCAGAAUUCAUAAAUCUAUUCCAAAAUCGGAAAUCAAAGAUAAAGUGUGUAGCGAUAUUAUUAAUCCUAAAGAGGUGAAAAAUACUUCUGAGACUGAUAUAUCAGGUGAAAUUAAAUUUAAAAUGCAUUCUACUACAAAGCAAAUCAAAAUGAUCUAA